AUGACUUCGAACGGUUCCACGACUACUAAGGAUGGACUCUCAAACGUUAAUGUAACUGCAGCUCUGGACGUUGAAGGUAACGUUCCACUGGAGAGCGUUCAACUCGACGGACUGGUAGUUUUAAAAAUAAUUAAGCAUUGUCGAGAAUUUUUCCCUAGCCCGGUUACCGGUCAACUCCUUGGCCUUGAUGUGAAUGGUAUCCUUGAAGUGACUAAUUGUUUCCCUUUCCCGGGCUCAAAGCCCGACGAUGAAAAUGAGAUAGUAGAUGGUGCUCGAUAUCAAGUAGAUAUGAUGCGAUGUCUCCGCGAUGUCAACGUAGAUCAUAAUACUGUUGGGUGGUACCAAUCUACAUAUCUAGGGUCUUUCGUAACGCAUAAACUGAUUGAGACUCAAUAUAAUUAUCAACAAACAUUUAAUAACAAAAGCGUAGUCAUUGUUCAUGAUGUUUCCCGGUCAACUCAUGGAAAUCUAUCUCUCCGCGCUUUUAGAUUCACUCGAGCAUUUAUGGAAGCACAGAAAGAGGGAAAGUUUACCACUGAAUCACUCAUAAAGAACAAACUUACUUUUUCCACUAUUUUUGAAGAGCUUCCAAUUAUGAUUAAAAAUUCCCACUUGGUGACCGCACUUCUUCAUUCAUUAGAUGAUUACGAACAUGUUAUCCCAAAAGCUUCUUCAUUAGAUAAAGAGACUGUAGUUGGCCCUUUAACUCCAAAUUUUGACACUUUGGAAUUAAGUCUCGAUCCAUAUAUUGAAAAAAAUUUGGAAUUCUUAUUAGAGGCGGUGGAAGAGCAUAGUCAAGAACAAAGUAACUUCGCGUUUUGGCAAAGGAGUGUUGUUAGAGAACAAGCUAAGAUGCAGACUGCUUUGCAAAAGAGAAAACAAGAAAAUGCACAUCGUCUCGCUUCUGGACAGGAUCCCCUUCCGGAAGAAGAUAUUGUAAAAAUGUUUAAAUUUCCACCCGAACCAUCAAGAUUAGAUUCUUUAUUAAUUACUUCUCAGAUUAACAAUUAUUGUAAACAAUUGAAUCAAUAUUCUGGGCCAACUCUUGGAAAACUUUUUAUGGCAGGAGAGUUCCAGAAAUAA